GGCCGGCCUGACCCCUCGCCGAAGCCCCUUUCCCCUCGGAGACAGGCCCCGCCGAGGAGCCGCGACGGGACCCACCGGCUGCCCGGACCCUUCGGAGCACGGAGAGACCCCCCCGGGCCCCAUCCCCGCGGGCAGGCGACCCCCAGAGCGGCCCCGGGACUGCCCCGGCCCGACCCCCUCGACCCCCCGACUCGACCCAUUGCUGGAGCAGAGAGCCCGACCCCUCCCGGAGCCCUUCCGAGGGGCGAGGGACCCCCGAGGGGACGCGGCCCCUUCCCCGGGCCACGGGAGUCGGCACCCCUGGGACCCACCGGCUGUCCCCGCGGGGGCGAAGGACGCCUGGAGCCCCCUACGAAGGCCCCGGCCCCCCGGCCCUCGUCCCCCGUCCCGGGCUGGCCCCCGGCCGCAGAGGAUCCCUUUUCCGGGACUGGGGGCACCCGGGCUGCCCAGUGCCCCCCGGCUGAGCCGGCCCUGAGCCGGCGGGGUGGCCGUGGGGUGUCGAGGAGCCCCGGGGGGGCUUCGGCACCCUGCACCUCCCCGGCCCCAUGGCGGCCAAGUGGUUCAAGGAGUUCCCAUCCAACCUGAAGACGGUUUCGGAGAGGGCUCGGCCGAGCAGCGGGAGCCUCGGGAAGAGCCGCAAGAAUUCAACCGCUGAGCUCGGGGGCUGCCGGGCGGCAGGGGGUGGCAAGGAAGGGGGUAGUCGGCUGUCACGGGACAACCUGCAGGGUCUGCUCCAGGCCGCCACUGGGAAGAUGAGGAAGAACUCUCGAGCGGAGGGGGGCACAGCGGAGGGACCCCCCAAAACCUGCGGUACCUACAUCAACCGCCUCAUCAAGGUGGAGGCUCCUGAGAAGAACGGGAAGGGGUACCCCGGCCCCUUGCCUGCUGGCCUGCCUGCCCCCGAGCAGGACAAGGGAAAGACCCCCAAGACAGAGACGGUCAUCAUCCUGGAGGACUACGCCGACCCCUACGAUGCCAAGCGCACCAAGGGGCAGCGGGACGCCGAGCGCCUGGGGGAGAACGACGGGUACAUGGAACCCUACGACGCCCAGCAGAUGAUCACAGAAAUCCGUCGUCGGGGUUCCAAGGACCCCCUGGUCAAAGCCAUCCUGCUGCUGGACGGUCCUGGCGAGUCCGGGGACGGGGGUGCCAAACUGGAGCCAGCCAAGUGGCCGGGGGGCAAGGAGGUGGCAGGGAAGGGGCCACAGCUCUACGACACCCCCUAUGAGCCUGGGGAGGGGGUGGCUGGGGGGACCCCCGAGCGCAGGGUGAGGGCCAGUGACGGGCGCCUGCCCGAGAACGACGAGCGCCCUGCCGGAGAGUACGAGCAGCCCUGGGAGUGGAAGAAGGAGCAGAUUGUCAAAGCACUGUCAGUCCAGUUCGAGGGCUCAGAGCGUCCCAAGGAGGAGACGCUGCGGCAGCACCUACGCCAGAAGAGCUGGACCUCCAAGAUGCUGAAGCCGGCGGGGGCCGAGCACAGCGAGGGGGAGAGGGUGGACCCCGCCCUGGCACUGGAGAAACAGCCCUGGUACCACGGGGCCAUCACGCGGGCUGAGGCGGAGAGCCGGCUGCAGACGUGCCGGGAGGCGGGGUACCUGGUGCGCACCAGCGAGACCGGCAGCGGCAAGUACUCCAUCGCGCUCAAGACCAGCCAGGGCUGCGUCCACAUCAUCGUGGCCCAGACCAAGGACAACAAGUACACGCUCAGCCAGGCCAGCGGCGUCUUCGCCAGCAUCCCUGAGGUCGUGCACUACUACUCCACCGAGAAGCUGCCCUUCAAGGGGGCCGAGCACAUGGCCCUGCUGCACCCUGUCCACUGCAAGCUGCAUUAGUGCCCGCUGAUGCCUCCCCAGACUGGUCUGCGACCCCCACCCCUGCUGCACGGGGCAGGCCUGGCCACGGAGAUGGCCGUGUGCCACGGGGAGGGUCCGGCCACGGGGAUGGCCACGUGCCACGGGGAGUGUCCAGCGGGAGCCCCUCUGUCACGCCAUGACCUCGAUGCCGGACUCCAGCAGGGCUGUCAGGAUUUUGCCAGGACGAGUCCUGACCCCCCUGUGCCAGAGCUGACAGGCCAGGGGGCUGCCCAGGGUGGGGGAACGCAGCGAGACUGGGACGUGUAACGACGUAGUAAAAUAAACUCGU